AUGUCACAACCUAAUAGCGAUUUUGAUGUGAAAAUAAUCGUUGGAAAUGAACCAAAUGUUAAAGAAUUCAAUGCGCAUUCUACAGUUUUAAAUUCUUGCUCUCUUUAUUUUGAAAGGGCAUUAUCAGAAAGAUGGAGGGAUCAAAACCAUGGCAUUUGUAUUAUUAGAAUGCCAAAUAUUCAUCCUACUAUUUUUAAGUUAAUUCUUGACUAUAUUUACAUCGGAAAAAAUAUAUGUCAGAUAUCAGGCGAAGUUUCUUUAGAUAUACUAGUUGCAUCUGAUGAACUAGAGCUUCUUGAUCUCGCUGAAUGUGCUCAAAAACACUUAAUUGAUAUGUUUUCUCCAUGGUUAUUCUCUAAUAUUGUAGCUUCACUCAAUAUUAUUUGUCUCUACAGUCAUUUUAGUAAAUUAUACAAUCAUAUUCUAAAUUAUGUAUUUAGAAAUCCUUACUCUCUUUUUGAUUCUACUGGUUAUCGUUUAUUAGAUGAGGCUGCCUUGAUUUGCCUUUUAGAAAAUGACGAUCUUGAGCUUGAGGAAAUAGAAAUUUGGGAUUAUUUGAUUAAAUGGGGUAUUUCUAAACUUUCUGAUGAAAAUAUUACAAAUUGUUCUGUUAAAAAUAUCAUAGAAUGGUCUGAUGACCAUUUCAAUAUAUUAAAAGAUACCAUUUCUAAUUGUAUUCCUUUAAUUCGUUGUUAUUACAUUCCAAACCAUUAUAUUGACAAGCAAAUUAAACAAUACCACUUGGAUUCCACUGCAUUUAUUAAAUUUGAAACCCCUCAAAGGAGAUGUUCUAAAUUAAUUAACAAUAAGAAUGCAAUUUUUCCUUCUUCUAUUUAUUCAGUACCAUUUUUUGGAUUCAAGCGGCAUGCAUAUUUUAGUAAAACCUCAAGUAGUUUUAUUUUUUCUAUAACCGAUCAAUCAAAUCCAGUAUUGAGUAGGAUAAAAAGUGAAAAACAAUAUGUAGCUAUUAUGAAUGAUAAAUCGUUUGGUCCUUGCUUUGGAAUAUCAGAUUUAUGCAUGAUAAAUUCAGGAAGUUGGUCUAGCAAGCGGGAAAACUAUUAG